AAUCGUGUGACUAACAGUGCUUAAUUUGUCAGAAUACAACAUUGUCACGCAGUGUUUUCCAUGUUUAGGUGGAGCACGUCCCUGCUGUGAAUGUCGAACAACAACUGGUGAACAGUGAAGUCGAAGCACGAACAGUCAAAAUGACUCGAAACUAGGCGGGGACAGGCAAAUCGGGUGGAGGAUAUGGAGCUGGAGCACAGGGAGUGAGCAGCGAAAGGAUUCUGUGGUGCUCUUCGGUCGCAGGGCCCUGAAACCUACGAGCAAGAAACAACAAUGGGGGAUUCCUGAAAGAUCACAAACACUUGUUGUGCUUGUUCCCUGGUGCUCAGACUCCUGGCUCUGGCCUUGAAUGCCCAUUGCCAUGGCCAAGCGUGAAAGUGGUAGUGCCAGCCCUGUGGUGCGGCAGAUAGACAAGCAAUUCCUAGUCUGCAGUAUCUGCCUGGAUCACUACCAUAAUCCAAAGGUCCUGCCUUGUCUGCACACCUUCUGCGAAAGGUGCCUGCAGAAUUACAUCCCUCCACAGUCCUUGACAUUAUCCUGCCCUGUAUGUCGGCAGACCUCCAUCCUACCUGAGAAAGGCGUAUCUGCCCUGCAGAACAAUUUCUUUAUCACUAACCUCAUGGAGGUACUUCAGAGGGACCCUGAAUGCACGCGUCCUGAGGCCUGCAGUGUCUUGGAGUCGGUCAGUGCUGCAGCUGCUGGCAAGCCUCUCUCGUGCCCCAAUCAUGAGGGAAAGGUGAUGGAGUUCUACUGUGAGUCCUGUGAGACAGCAAUGUGUUUGGACUGCACAGAGGGGGAGCACCGGGAACAUGUGACCGUCCCUUUGCGGGAUGUCCUAGAACAGCAUAAGGCUGCGCUCAAGAACCAACUGGAUGCCAUUCGCAGCAGGCUCCCUCAGCUAACGGCCGCCAUAGAACUGGUGAAUGAGAUCUCCAGACAGUUGACAGAGCGCAAGAAUGAAGCAGUGAGUGAAAUCGGCGCUACCUUUGAGGAACUUGAGCGGGCACUGCACCUACGCAAGUCUGCACUGAUCACUGACCUGGAGAAUAUCUGCAGUGCCAAGCAGAAGGUGCUGCAAGCCCAGCUGGCCUCACUGCUGCAAGGCAGGGAGCACAUCCAGAGCAGCUGCAGCUUCACGGAACAGGCGCUGAGCCAUGGCAGUGCAACUGAGGUCCUACUAGUUCGCAAGCAGAUGAGCGAACGGGUUGGGGCUCUGGCCAGGCAUGAGUUCCCUGAACAACCUCAUGAGAAUGCCCACCUGGACUGUGUGGUUGAGACUGAGGGCCUGCGUCGCUCCAUCCAGAACCUGGGUGUGUUGCUCACCACGGCUGCUGUGGGACACACCAGUGUGGCCACAGGCGAGGGGCUGCGUCAUGCACUGGUAGGCCAACCCUCCACCAUCACAGUCACCACCAAAGAUAAGGAUGGUGAGCUGGUGCGCACUGGAAACGCAGUGCUGCGGGCUGAGCUCACAGGACCAGAUGGUGCUCGUAUUGAGGCUGAGGUGACAGACAACAAGAAUGGCACCUAUGAUGUUGGUUACACACUGCGCUGUGAGGGCGAGUAUUCCUUCUCACUGCUCCUCUAUGGGCGGCCCGUACGAGGUAGCCCCUUCCGUCUGCGUGCCAUCAAGCCCUCUGAUGUGCCGCCAUCACCAGACGACGUGAAGCGUCGAGUGAAGUCGCCUAGCGGGAGUGGCAGCCAUGUGCGGCAGAAGGCUGUCCGUCGACCCUCCAGCAUGUACAGUACCAGUAAGAAGAAGGAAAACCCUAUUGAGGAUGAGCUCAUCUACAGAGUGGGCACUCGAGGGAGAGAGAAGGGAGAAUUCACCAACUUGCAGGGUAUUACAGCCUCAAGCAAUGGGAGGGUUAUCGUGGCUGACAGCAACAACCAGUGUAUCCAGGUGUUCUCCAAUGAUGGACAGUUUAAGCUGAGGUUUGGGGUCAGAGGUCGAUCUCCUGGGCAGCUUCAACGCCCCACAGGUGUCACUGUGGAUAUGAAUGGUGACAUCAUUGUGGCUGACUAUGAUAAUCGAUGGGUCAGCAUUUUCUCUCCUGAUGGGAAGUUCAAGAACAAAAUCGGAGCAGGUCGUCUCAUGGGCCCCAAAGGUGUGGCUGUAGACAGGAAUGGUCACAUUAUCAUUGUUGACAACAAAGCCUGCUGUGUCUUCAUCUUCCAGUCCAAUGGGAAGCUGGUGACAAAGUUUGGUGCCAGAGGGACUUCCGACAGGCAGUUUGCAGAAAAAAGUGGUGCAAACAUUGCACUGGAGCACAAGCUCGGUAAAUCUGGUCCCACAUUCAGUCCACACUUUGUUGCUGUGAAUAACAAGAAUGAAAUUGUGGUUACAGACUUUCACAAUCACUCUGUUAAGGUCUAUAGUGCUGAUGGUGAGUUCCUCUUCAAGUUUGGCUCCCACGGGGAGGGCAACGGGCAGUUCAAUGCCCCCACAGGUGUGGCCGUUGACACCAAUGGGAACAUCAUUGUGGCAGACUGGGGCAAUAGCCGAAUCCAGGUGUUUGACAGCUCUGGUUCCUUCUUGUCCUACAUCAACACCUCAGCAGACCCACUAUAUGGCCCCCAGGGGCUGGCGCUAACGUCUGAUGGCCACGUGGUAGUGGCAGACUCUGGGAACCACUGCUUCAAGGUCUACCGCUACCUGCAGUAGGAUGGGCCAUGCUAUGGAGAGCCGAGAUGUGGACGUGGUGCAUUUAUGCUUUGGUCCCUUUCCAUCUUCAUUAUUUCUUUGCACAUCAGUGAUGCAGAUCUACUGAAUUCCAGCCAGCACUCCAGUAAAGGAGACAACAUGGGAAAAGGAGAAAAGCAACAAAUCAACAUCCUUGUGCACUGUCAGUUUUUGGCUUGCUGUAUGUAAGAAGGAGACAGCUCAAGGACACUAAAAUAAAAACAAAAUUCAUGUAACUGUGCAUCAACACCACUGGGCUGGAAACGACAGAAUGUGUAUAAAAUGAACCACACCUGUCAAGUGUGAAACGAGGAGAGAAAGCACACUGGACAUUACUGGGUGGCAGUUGUCUUCAGAUGCAUGAUGUUGUAGCUUAUUGGAACAAUCCUGUUGAGAACAUGUGCUGUUUUUUGGUUGCUUUUCCAGGUUGUGAAAACUUGUUGCCCUGGACUGUGAGUGCAGCUUUUGGACAGAAUCCCCAUUUCUCAGCCUUUCCUCUAUGACAGCACAUGUGAGUCAGCCUUUGCAAUAGUCCAUGAUUCUACACGACCAUAUCACCAUCUGUGCAUUUUAUUCUGUUGUAUAUUUAUAUUUAUAUACAUGUACAUGUGGUUGUAUGCUCACACACAAGCACAAAUAAGUAUGUAUGUAUACAUUGGUUUUUGGUAUAUAUCCAUACAUAUUUAAUGAGUCCCCUGUAAAAGUAAGUGGUGACUGAAGGUUCAAGCACGCCAUUGAGUUCAGUGUUUUGAUUGUCUAGUUGAUAAGCAUUAAAGCACACAUACCCAAGUGGGGCGAAUAUCAAGUGAUUCUAAGGGUUUUGGUGCUGAACUGACCAGCCCUGGUGUUCCAGAACAGGUGUUUGUAGUACUGUAUUUAUUCUGAACUGCAGCAACACAGUUGCUCACAUUUUUGCUUAUGCUCUUUUAAAUGAAUAAGAUUAUUAAAUCAGUUUACUUAUUCUUAAUUUAUUUUCUUUUUUUACAUGAUUUUACCUUUUACAAAUUAUUUUUCUAAAUUGAGACAUUAGAUCUUAUCUGCCAAAUAUCAAGCCCAUGCCUUGACACAAUCCAGCAUUCAAGGUCAUGAACUCUGCCUAAUGAACCCACCCUUUGUGCUUAUCUAUUUCCAUACUUAAAAGUGGAAUUCAUGGCAGAUGCUGUCCCAUUAAUUUGCCAGUUUUUAAUGGGUAACUAUGAUGUUGAAUAUAAUAUAAAAUAAUUACUGUGGAAAUGUGUAAUAUCUAUAUACCCAAUUGGUUAUGUAAAUACUAUCAUACUGUAUAUCUAUAGAAUAUCAUUGUAAUUAAUGCAGUAAGGACAUUGUUGCCAUCAGUUCAACAGUAUUUAUGUUUGUUGCUCAUUUGCAUGUGUUGAAGAAUUGUUUUGUGUUCACGGCCCAGCAGUUUCCAGGAUUGUUAAAAACCUCUUUUAAUAUCUUGUUUCUAACAAAUACCCCCUAUUUUUUUCUGUCCAAUGGAAACUGAGUGUCCACAUAAUAUAAGGUAUCCUGUAUCUACAACACUAUCAUGACAUUUUGUAUUAGAUUUUGUUUGGCUAUAGGUUUCAGAAGGAUGGAAAAAAAU